UGUUCACUGCUCUUAAAGUCUUGAUAAAAUACCUAACUACUGAUUUUCAUCACUAUAGCAUCCCUGCACUGAAUCAUUGUGAAAUCAUCUCACACUUCCAUUGCUUCUUCACUCCCUUUCCAUACCAUGGCAGCAGCACUUGUUGGUGGUGCUCUUCUUUCGGCAUUUCUACAGGUUGCAUUUGACAGGUUGGCUUCUCCUAAUGUUGUAGACUUCUUUCGUGGAAGAAAACUUGAUGAGAAGCUGUUGGGCAAUUUGAACAUCAUGCUGCACUCCAUCAAUGCUCUCGCUCAUGAUGCAGAACAAAAGCAGUUCACAGAUCCACACGUCAAAGCAUGGCUUUUCGCUGUCAAAGAGGCUGUCUUUGAUGCAGAGGAUCUCUUGAAUGAAAUAGACUAUGAGCUCACCAGAUGCCAAGUGGAAGCUGGAUCAGACCCACAAACCCUUGCUUCCAAGGUAUCAAAUUUCUUCAACUCAACUUUCAGUUCAUUUAACAAGAAAAUUGAAUCAGAGAUAAGAGAAGUCCUAGAAAAACUAGAAUAUCUUGCAAAGCAAAAGGGUGCUCUUGGUUUGAAAGAGGGUAUUUACUCUGGUGAUAGUUCAGGUAGCAAAGAGCCACAGAAAUUGCCAUCUUCUUCUUUGGUGGUUGAAAGUGUUAUUUAUGGCAGAGAUGCAGACAAAGAAAUGAUUUUAAAUUGGCUCACAUCUGAAACUGAGAAUCAUGACCAGCCAUCAAUACUUUCCAUUGUGGGAAUGGGUGGGUUGGGUAAGACCACACUCGCCCAACAUGUAUACAAUGACCCAAAGAUAGACGAGGCUAAAUUUGAUAUCAGAGCUUGGGUUUGUGUUUCCGACCAUUUUGAUGUUUUGAUAGUGACAAAAACAAUUCUUGAGGCAAUCACUAAAUCUAAAGAUGAUAGCGGAGACCUGGAAAUGGUUCAUGGAAGAUUGAAAAAAAAAAUAUCACGAAGGAAAUUUCUUCUUGUUUUGGAUGAUGUUUGGAACGAAAGACGAGAAGAAUGGGAAGCUGUGCGAACUCCUCUUAGUUAUGGGGCACCAGGAAGUAAAAUUCUUGUCACAACACGUGGUGAGAAAGUUGCUUCUAACAUGAUGUCUGAAGUGCAUAGGCUAAAGCAAUUAGAAGAAGAGGAAUGUUGGAAACUUUUUAAAAAGCAUGCACUAAAAAAUGAUGAUCAUGAAUUGAAUGAUGAGAAAAAGAAGAUUGGUAGAAGGAUAGUUGAGAAGUGCAAAGGAUUACCCCUUGCUCUGAAAACAAUUGGAAGUCUUCUCCGCACAAAGUCAUCCAUUUCAGAUUGGCAAAGCGUAUUGGAAAGCGACAUAUGGGACUUACCGAAAGAAGUUGAAAUUAUGCCUGCUCUACUAUUGAGUUAUCAACACCUUCCUUCUCAUCUCAAGAGGUGCUUUGCUUACUGUGCAUUAUUUCCAAAAGAUUAUGAAUUUGACAAGAAGGAAUUAAUUUUGUUGUGGAUGGCUGAAGAUUUUCUUCAUCACUCUAAUAAGAUCAAGAGUGCACAAGAAAUUGGUGAACAAUAUUUCGACGAUCUAUUAACAAGGUCCUUCUUUCUUCAAUUAAGCUCUGAAAUGCGACAAAUCAAGAAAGUACGAGAAAUUGGUGAACAAUAUUUCCAUGAUCAAUUAACGAGGUCCUUCUUUCUUGAAUCAAGCUUUGAAAUGCGAUUUGUCAUGCAUGACCUUCUCAAUGAUUUAGCAAAAUAUGUUUGUGCAGACUUUUGUUUCAGGUUGAAAUUUGAUAAAGGAAGUUGUAUACCCAAUACAACCCGUCAUUUCUCAUUUUCAUUCGGUGACGUAGAAUAUUUUGAUGGUUUAGGGAAUUUAACAGAUGCUAAAAGACUGCGUUCAUUUCAUUCAAUUACAAAUAACUGUAGCUAUAAAUUCAAUCCUUGCCAAUUCAAUAUUUUGGUACAUGAAUUGUUCUCCAAGUUCAAGUUUUUACACGUCUUAUCUUUGAAUGGAUAUGCUCAGCUUAUUGAGGUCCCUAAUUCUGUUGGUGAUCUUAAACAUCUCUGUUCGAUAGACCUUUCGUAUACUCAUAUACAAAAACUACCUGAUUCAAUAUGUUUGCUCUAUAACUUGCUAAUAAUGAAGAUGAACUUUUGUUCUUUUCUGGAGGAAUUACCUUCAAAUUUGCAUAAGCUCACCAAAUUGAAUUGUUUGGAAUUUGAACAUACAAAUGUGAGAAAGAUGCCAAUGCAUUUUGGAGAGUUGAAGAAUAUUCAAGUACUGAGUACGUUUUCUGUUGAUAGAGAUAGCAAGGUCAUCAAUAUUAAGCAACUUGGAGGACUCAAUCUUCAUGGAAGGCUAUCAAUUAAUGAGGUGCAGAAUAUUGUUAAUCCUUUGGAUGCAUUAGAAGCAAAUUUGAAAAAUCAGCACCUUGUGGAGCUUAAGUUAAAAUGGACUUUGAAUCACAUGCCCGAUGAUCCAAAGAAAGAAAGGAAAGUGCUUGAGAACCUACAACCUCCCAAACACUUGGAACAUUUGUCAAUAGAGAACUAUGGUGGUACAAAAUUCCCAAGUUGGGUAUUUGAUAACUCAUUAUCAAAUUUGGUGUUUUUACAUUUGGAGAACUGUAAGUAUUGUCUAUGGUUACCUCCCUUUGGACUUUUGUCAUCUCUGAAGUCCCUCGAGAUUACAGGGCUUGAUGGAAUAGUGAGCAUUGGUGCUGAAUUUUAUGGGAGCGACUCUUCUUCAUUCAGGUCCUUGGAAACAUUGAAGUUCUACAACAUGAAGGAAUUGGAAGAAUGGGAAUGUAAAACUACUUCUUUUCCACGUCUUCAAAAUCUUCAUAUCUAUCAUUGUCGCAAACUUAAAUGUCUGCCAAAUCAACUUCUUCAUUUAAAGAAUCUAGAUAUUAGUUGCUGUGAUAAGCUAGUAAUUAGCGUAAACAAAAUGUUCACAUCAUCGCUUCAACUCUUGAGUGUUAUGCUAUGCCCACUUGUGAAUAUGCCCAGGACCAAUUAUGAUUUUCUUGAAGCAAUGGAGAUUAAUAGUAACUGCGUUUAUUUUACCAUCUUUCCGCUAGAUUUCUUUCCAAACCUCCGUUUACUUCAAUUGAGUUGGUGCCAAAACCUAAAAGCAGUGUCACAGGAGCAUGCUCAUAAUCAUCUCAAGGUACUAAGAAUUGGAGAUUGUCCUCAAUUUGAAUCAUUUCCCAGUGAAGGAUUAUCUGCACCGAGGCUACAAAUAAUUUCAAUUCGAGGAGCGGAGAGUUUGAAGUUGAUGCCAAAACGUAUGCAAUUCCUACUCCCCUCUCUUACUGAUUUGGUGAUAAUUGAUUGUCCAAAAGUGGAGAUGUUCCCAGAUGAAGGAUUGCCAUCAAAUUUGAAAAAGAUGUCUCUUUCGAGCUUAAAACUUAUCGCCUCCCUUAGAGACACAUUGGAUGCCAAUACAUGUCUUGAAAGCUUGAUUGUUGAAAAGUUGGAUGUGGAGUCUUUUCCCGGUGAAGUUUUGUUGCCACGCUCUCUCACCACUCUACACAUCCGUUUUUGCCCAAAUCUUAAAAAGCUUGACUACAAUGGUCUAUCUCACAUCUCCUCUGUCAUAUAUUAUGGAUGUCCCAACCUUCAUCAAAGAAAAUUACAAAGUUCUUAGUUACAAAUACUUCACUCUUAUCGGCAUUUACUAAACAAUAGAUGCCUUUAAAGGAGACGAGUAUUACCGAGUCUGGCAUGUGCUUACACAAGUUUCUUACAAUGGCUUCCAAUGUCUUCUUCACUUCGAGUGAUCGCUCUAGGCAUCUUAAGGUAUGCUUGCAGUUUACUUAGAAAAGACAUGAAAAAGAUAGUGAUCACUCUUGAUUCCUUAUAUAUCCUAUACUUGCAAAAACAAGGGGACAAGCAGGCUCUAGCAAAGAGAAAACAAGUAGAAGGGAUUCAAAUUGGCAUAUCUGAUGAUGAGUUAUCUAAACAGGUCCAAGGAAAACUAGUACACCUGAGAGAGAGAUUGAAGCAAAGGGAGUUAUGAAAUGUAAAUGCUUCUAAACAUACAUUCUUAGACCCUUUAAAUUGUAUUUGAUUUCUUGGUGAACUGGGAAGGGAAUUUAAGUAGUGAGAAUUGCCAAUAAUUUUUAAUUUUUUUCCUUAUUGGGUUUCCAUUUAUUUAUAAAAUUAGUAGAGGAGAAUUUGUGUAGCAGUGACAUAGAUUAACUAUGUAAAAAUUGAGUAUUUGUUGUACCGAAAACAGUCAUUGUAUUUGUUAAUGAUAGAAAGAAAGAAAGAAAGAAAGAAAUACA